AUGGUGUUCCGUAUUCACGAGGCAGCGGAGCUACACAAUAUUGAUCUCCGGGUAGAUUAUGUGAACACGAAAGAGCAACUAGCGGACGAACCGUCCAGGACCUUCGAUUUCAAUGGAAAAGAGAUCACGGACGAGGCUUUCGAUGAAAUAUCACGGGCGUGGCCGCAGAAAUUCACAUUGGAUGCGUUCGCAACGAAAGAAAAUGCUCGAACGGAAAGAUACAUCUCCCGAUUUCACGACGAUCAAGCAUGGGCAUCGGACUUCUUCCGAUUCACAAAAUUGAGGCACAAAGAGCAUGGUCUUUCGAUACUUGGACGACUACGCCAUGAACAUCCCAUGGGCUUUGGUGGUAAUCAAGUACGAGCGAACACCUAUGGCGAUGACUUUGGCAAAGAGGAGAGGUCUGAAGACUUUGAAGCUGAAGUCAAAGAUAGCAGUUAUUUCACCUUCGCCUCAGAAAACGGAGGAGAUGGGAUAUUACAAGCCGAUCUCCGACGCGGCGACAGUCUGGACCAUUUUUAA